CAGUCCAUCUGACAGCUGUAUUCAGGUCAUAUUCGGUACCUGAAAGUGAGACCAGAAUCAUGGCGGGACGUCUCCUUCUCCGAACUUGUACAACAACAUUGCGGCUGAGGAACAAUGUGGUGCCUAGGCCGCUACAGCGUGCCAUGGCCUCAGAAGGAGGGAUACCAACAGAUGAGGAACAGGCCACUGGACUGGAGCGCCGAGUCCUGAUGUCCUUCAAAGAGGGAAAGGACCCCUACAGUAUAUUGGAGCCCAAAUACUAUAGUGGCACAAAGGAAGACCCUCAGAUUGUGCCAUGCACUCUAGACAAGAGGCUGGUGGGCUGUCUUUGUGAGGAAGACAACACUGCUAUAGUGUGGUUCUGGCUUCAUGAGGGAGGUUCCCAGCGCUGUCCUUCCUGUGGUACCCACUAUAAGUUGGCCCACUUCGAAUUGCCACAUUGAAACUAAAUUCAAGUUCUGUAUGAUUGGGACAGCUCAGAAAACUGUAUUUGCCUCCCUCGUGCCCGUAUACUGCAAUGUGUGCAUAUCAUUCAGCAUGUACAGUUUAUCAUUAAAAUGUAAACCUGAACCAAA